AUGUUCUCCAGGAGGAUCUCUUCAGCCGAGUGCAGCACAUGGUAUGCUGUAUCCCUUACUAUAACUGUUGCUGUGGUCGCAGUGAACCUCCUAGCAAUUAUUCUUUUUAUAAAGAACAGUAAUCUUCGCACUCGUGCCAUGUACUUGGUUAUAAACUUGACCGUGGUUGAUAUGUUUGUAGGAGGAGUAGCCACUUUCGCUAUAGUAUUUCAUUUCCUCCUCUACGGUUGUGAAGUUGGAAAUAAAUUCAUAUUCCACUCUAAACAGUUUCUUGCUGCGCAGGAAUGGCAACCUUUUCUUGUGCUUCUCAUGAUCGACGUCUGGCUUUCUCUCACCUCUGUGGCAGGCAUUGCAGUAAUUUCUUUAGAUCGGAUGCAUGCGACGUUUCGUCCAUUCAGGCAUCGCAACAUCAAAAAAUGGGCCUACGGGGUGGCAAUAGGUGGCGUCUGGAUUUUAACUGCAAUGUUAAUUCCCUUUCCGUUAACACGUCUGGAUGGAAACUUGCACUCGUACUUAUGGCUGUCAUAUCGUUGCCUUUGCCUUUUUGUUAUCUUUAUUUCUUACACCUCCAUUGCUUUAAAAUUUUGGUGUGGAACCCGUCCUCCGUCCCAUGGUGCGGCCAAUAGACAAAGAAAACUGACUGUGACAUUAUUCAUAAUGACCAUUAUAUCUUUGCUGCUGUGGUUACCAUAUGUUGUAUAUAAUUUUGUUCCUUUUUCUGUUCUAGAUACUAGGUUUUCUUUCCUGACAUAUUUACGCUUGAGAUUAUCUUUUACUCUUCUACGCCACACAAACUCGCUUGUUAAUCCCAUUAUUUACACAAUCAGAAUGCCAGAGUUCAGAAAAGCUCUCCUGAUAUUAUUUAAACGUCGACAAAGACAAAAUAUUGCUAUUCCUCUUCAUGCCCGUUAA